GGAAACGCGGUUCGUGUAAAGCCCACUCUACCCACUCUAACUUUAAUUUUUUCUUGUGGACAGAGGUGAGGAAGACGCCAUUAACAGAUUGAAUUAUUCCAGCUCCAGGUGGAGCUGAGGAACAUGAGCAGCCAAAGCUUACAGCAGCCCAGCUUCCUGCUGGCAAACCUCAAAGCAGACGCCACCACCAAACCUCUGAUCCAGCGAUGCCAGGACCUGCUGAAGAUCAUAGACGAGUAUCCCGCUAAGGAGCUGCACCUGAUCUUCCCCUGGGUGGUGGAGAACGUGUUUGGAAGUCUGGACGGCGUCAUCUCCGGCUGGAACCUGCGCCUGCUGCACUCGCGCAGCAACGAGUUCAACCUGGUUCUGGACUUCCUGAGUCCAAGUGGCCCGAUGAUGAAGCUGGUGUACAAACUUCAGGCAGAAGAAUACAAAUACGAAGUUCCUGUCAACUACCUCCCGGGUCCGGUGAAGGCCUGCAUCCAGGAGGGCGUUCUGCCCGACUGUCCUCUGUUCCACAACAAGCUGCAGUUCCCGCUGCCGGGCGUCCUGACGCUGAACGUCGCUCUCAAUCCUUUUGAGUUCUUCAUGUUUAAUUUGGCCUACUGCCUCAUCGCUCCCAGGAACUGCCUUCAGCCGCAGCUCUGCAGCUCCACAGACAGCGCAUACUUUGUGCUGGUCGACCUGUACCUCAAGUACUUCCUGCCCAUCGAAGGAAGUGUUCCUGCAUCUCCGUUCACUGACUCCAGAGGUUCUGUCGCGGCUCCAUCGCCACGAGCUUCCAGUGUGUCGUUUGCGGGUUACGGCGUCCACAGCCCGAGCCUCCUGAAGCACCACAUCUUCCACCAGCCGUCGGUGAACGCAGACCCUGCAGCGCAGGAGAUCUGGAGGUCCGAGACGCUGCUGCAGAUGUUUGUAGAGAUCUGGCUCCAUCAUUACUCCCUGGACUUGUACCAGAAGCUGCAGUCUCCUCAGGUAAAGCUGGCGCUGCUGCAGUACCGCCUCAGUAUGUCCAGCAUGCCGUGCCAACCCCUCGCCCCUCCUGGCUCUGGGACCCUCCACACCUACCAAGUACUUUUACCUUUUCACUCAGCAGCGCCCCCCUGGGGCCUCCUGGAGGAGCCCUUCAAUCCAUCAGAGGAGCACGUAUUGGUGGUGCGCCUGCUGGUCAAACAUCUGCACGCCUUCUCCAGCAGCCUGAAGCCGGAGCCGCCGCUCUCGCCGGCCCACUCCCCCCCCCACACCAGCCCGCUGGAGGAGUUCAAGAGGUCAGCAGCUUUAAAAGGCCCUGGUAGCCAUGUUUACUCGGGGUGCAAACUUAAAAAGUCAGAAUAUCUCCUAAAUUCAUGCAUCUAAAAUAGUGUUUCUCAA